AUGAUUGCCUUUACCAUUGUCGUCUGGGCAUUGCUGAAGCUAUGCAGUGCUAAUGGCUGUCGACAGACUGGCUUUGCAUUCAAGACAACCAUUCCGCAGCGAUCAAUGAAGUGGGAUAGGGAGGAUUGUAAGACGAACUGUCAACUACGACAUAUCGACAUGGUCGUCCACCUCAACCAAAUCACACUCGCUCAACAAGUGCCUGGCCCAGGUGUUCCAUGGUCAUGGUCAAGGUGCAGCAAGGGAGGUGGCGUCUGCAGGCUUGACAAUCGAGUGGACUGGCCCGUCUGGGAGAAUGAGAACAAAACGUGCGUCUGUCAGGUCAUUGUUGAGUUCGCCCGCUGGCUUGACACGGACGACAAAUGCAAGCCAGACCCAAACAGGGCGUUACUAGAAGCUGAUCUGUCAAUGGUGCGGGGAGCAUUUACGGAUUUCACUACAACAUGGCACUCCUUUGAUUACCACGGCAAUAGCUGGCACUGGUUCAGGGAUGCGAAACACGUCAAAUGUUCUGAUCCAUAUGCUAUGGAUACCUGCCAUUUAUACGGCACCUGCCACGGGCAAUUCAAAAUCGACCACGCUGGUGCUACCGGCUUGGACAGCGACCGAGACAUGAUAAAGUACCUCAGUGGAAAUUCCCAUGAUCCCAGUGAAAGCUUCCCGACCCAGUGCGACAAUGAAUGGAAGUGGCCAUGA